AUGAGCUGGAAAGUGGGAUGGGGCGAGCCAAUGAGCGGCGAGCAGGCCAUUGCCUCUGUGUGCCACCGCCAAUUGGACCCUCUGAGUCUGGUGCAGCUGCAGGAGGUACUUACCUACCGCUGGCAGUCAGCCCACCCACAGCCUAGCCAACCUUCGCGCUGCCAACUUCCAGGUUACCCGCACCACCGGCUUCACGCUACAAACACUGCGAGCUCCUCCAGCCUGCCAGGGCUGCCAGUGCUGGAAUCGCCCACAGGGCCGCGAGGGUCGCGGAUGGAUCGCACAAAUCGGAUAGGUCCUGCGCGAAACUUGGAGCUUCCUGGCAUGGCGAAAACGUCGAAAGGAGGCUCCCCAGCAGCUCUGCCAGCUGCUCUGCGGGCUGCGGCCUCGAUCCCGGACUUCGCGAAGUCCAGCCGAGGCCUUGAGCGCCUGCGUUAA